AUGUCUUUCUUCCAUACCAGUUCCCAACAUGGUUCAAACUCGAGCUCAAACUACCGGCUGGGCUCAAACCACCCGCAGGACUCAAAGUACCUACAGGUGCCCAAAGAGCCUGAUCCGGAGAACGACAGUCUCUACCUCACCAUGAACUGGCUUGAUGAGACUCAGGGAGGUCACAGAUGA